GAGGCUGAUGGAAACGAUGUGCCGUGGACAGCCACUCGCUGCAUUGCAGUCUUCUCGCUCUGCCUGGUAUAUGUUGGAUCGCAAAUCAUUCUGUACUUCGUCAGCUCCAACCUGACCGCAAUCGCGAUCGAUAUCAAGUCCACCCUCGCUAACUGGAUGUUGACGGCCAACACUCUCGCUGUCGCCGCCGUUUGUCCCUUCGUGGGAUACAUUACAGACUUGCUGGGACGUCGCUGGCUGUGCUUGGGAGGCACUCUGCUUUUGAUCAUUGCCAGCGCGGUUCAAGGUACUGCGCACAGUCUUGCGCAAGCGGUCGCCGCCCAGGCUAUUGGUGGAAUCGGAGCCGGAAUUUGUGAGCUGGUCGCUCUGGCUGGUGUCGCCGAGAUCACGCCAAACAAGUGGCGAGGAGUCACUCUCUCCCUCGUGACAUUCUCCAUCGUCCCCUUCAUGCCACAGCUUCUCUACAGCAUCCUUAUCACGCGAGCGAGCACCUGGCGAUGGUGCUUCCUUCUCACUGGUCUCUGGAAUCUGAUCGGCAUGAUCGGGCUAUUCUUCUGCUACCAUCCACCACCACGUAACAUGCACCAAGGUCUCACCACCAAGCAAGUUCUUGCUCGCAUUGACUGGGUUGGAGCAUUCUUGUCGAUUGUUGGCAUCACACUCUUCUUGGUUGGAUUGCAAGCGGGAGGAUACCAACAUCCAUGGACCAGCGGCCACACUCUUGGCCCUCUGAUUGUCGGAGGCCUGAUGACCUUUUUCGCCUUUCCGGCGUGGGAGAUCUGGGGAACGCAUCCAUACCCAAUGGUGCCUGGCAAGAUCUUCAAGGGACAGCGCGUCGUCGCCCUCGCCUACGCGAUCGUGUUCAUUGCUGGUAUGGAGUUCUACUCCAUCCUCGGCUUUUUCCCGAUCGUCUUGCAGUACGUCUACAACACAGAUGCCAUCACCAUCGGCGUUCGAGGCCUCUGCUACCCAUGGGCCAUUCUCGGUGGAGCCUGCAUCAUCUCGUUCCUCAUGUCCUACACUCGCGGUCACGUCCGAACCAUGUUCUUCCUCAUGGCCGCCAUGAUGACGGCCUUUACUGGUGCUCUUGCCCGCUCCACUCCCGACAACAGCACUUUCACCGUGACAAUGGCCACAUUCGCGGCUUUCGGCAACGGAGCUCUGGUGGUUCCAGCACUCACAUUGGCAUUCUAUGCAGCUCCAGACGAAUUCGUUGGAACAGUUGGCGCUCUCUCGCUUUCUGUCCGCUUCCUCGGAGGCUCGAUCGGAACAUCGAUUUACUUCAACGUUUUCCUAAACCAAUUCAAGACCAACCUCGUCAAUCUCGUUAGCGCGGCCGCCGCAGGAGCAGGAGCAAGUCAGGAAGUUACGGUCGGACUCCUGCAGGCUUAUGCUUCACAGAUUCCAGGUGCUGCUGCUGCGGUCCCUGGUGCCACGGCAGCAAUGGUGUCCGCCACGCAGUACGCUUCACAAUGGGCGUAUGCAGAGAGCUUGAAGUAUGUCUGGUACACCACUAUUCCGUUUGGUGUGAUUAGCUGUAUCUGCUGCCUGUUCCUGCCGAACAUCAAGCAGUACAUGACAAGCAAGAUUGCAGUCGACAUU